CGGCGCUGGCUCGGCGCGGGCGGCCGGGGGCCCGGCGCGGCGCAGGGCCGGCGGGUGCGCGCGGCUCAUGGCCGGUGGCGGCGGCGGGGGGCAAUCGCCACCUGCCCGGACGGACGGCGGCUGCGGCGCCUUCCCCCCCGGGCAGCUUCGAAGGACCCCAAAGCGCCUCUACUGGCAAGAACGGCGGCUUCUUCCUGCGCAUUCAACCCCGACGGAAGUGUGGACGGCGUCCGCGAGAAGAGCGACCCGCACCAUCAAACUGCAGCUUCAAGCCGAAGAAAGAGGAGUGGUGUCGAUCAAAGGUGUGAUUGCAAAUCGCUUCCUGGCCAUGAAGGAGGAUGGCAGAUUGCUGGCCUUGAAAUAUGCAACAGAAGAAUGUUUCUUCUUUGAGCGUUUGGAAUCUAAUAACUAUAACACUUACCGAUCACGGAAAUACUCCGACUGGUACGUGGCACUGAAAAGAACUGGACAGUACAAACCUGGACCAAAAACUGGACCUGGACAGAAAGCUAUCCUUUUUCUUCCCAUGUCUGCCAAAAGCUGAUUCCCAUGGCGGAUUCCGAGCACAUUUGCCACACUACACUAAAGACGUCGACUUUCCUACUCCUCCCUGAAGUAGCAAAAUAUAAGCAAUUAUUUGCUGAUAUUAACUACUUUUCCAGAUACCAGUUUAAAACAUGAAUGUUUCAUACUGUCUUUAUAUUGCUCUUUAAACCUAUUGUGCCAGUGUGUGUGGAGGUAAAAUUUCUUGGAAAAUAUAUUUUCAAGGUCAAUAACACAUCUGUUUUCUUCUAGGUAUCUAUGCAGAGCUGUUUUAUUUACAUUAUGCUUUCUUUAUGGAGUAAAGGAAAACAAAUCUGAUGCACACUUGCAGCAAUAUUUACCUUUAAAAAUAAUUUAUCUCUUAGCUUAUUAGAGGAUAAUUACUUACUAAUAAUUACCUAAAAAGAAGUCCAUGAAUAAAUUUAAUGUGCAACACUGCAGUAAUAAUUCUAAAUUAUUAAUCUAACGAAAUGUGAAAUGUAUUGCUCUCAUGUAAUGUUUCUGUAGGACUCGGGCAGCUCCCUGUGGUACAGUUUGUAGAACAGGCCUGUGUAGACAGCUGGGAACUCCCUCACGGUUAUGUCGAUCUUAUCAAACCCUUCCCUGUACCCAUACAGUAGGAGUUUGGCUACGUUGCUGGUGAUGGGAGUAGAGUUUUUUGUCCUGACAAGCUCCUCGAGGUCCAUCCACUCACACCUCAGGCACUCCUGCUGGCAGAAGCUGAUGCUGAAGGAGGAGGGCUGCAGGCGACAGAUGAUGUACAUGUCCGACUGCCCAAAGGCUCCGGGGUGUUGGUGCUGCUGCCUGAUGCUUAGGAUGGACUUGAACUCUGACUUGAUGCCAGUCUCUUCAAAAACCUCUCGAACUGCUGUGUCUCCUGGGUGGAAAGAGCAACGCUUAGCAUUCUUUAAACACUUGGGAAAGGCAGAAACCCUCUAACUCAAAGCGUUCUCUGUUCUGCUUCGUCAAGUUUCCAGGAUGUAAGUCUGUUUUUCCAGCACAAGGAUAAGCUAAUUCUUUGGUCCCUGAACAAAACUAAUUGCUAAGUGCCUUUCCUGUGUAUAUCCUGCAGAAUUAGCCCUUUUGAUAAUACUGUGCAGGGGGUGGUUUGACACGGACACUCUGAUGGCUGCUGACUCUGCUGAUCUCUUAAUCCAAGGCAGCAUUCCACCCUCCUUGCAGUCCUUUGUAUCCCCUCUCCUUGCUUCUAUCCGAGCUGUUGUGUUACCUGCUUCUUUUAGUUCACUUUCAAUAAGAAAUGAGUGUGCUGGCUUGCUUCCAAAAGCAAAAUACAUCUUAAAAGACCUGUAGAGAUUUGCCAUCCUAUGGAAGCUUUCAUCUUGGCAUGUCAGAGGGGAAUAGAACAGGCAUUUGAGGGGGAGUUUCAAAUAUUGGAAAUAAUCUGGACAUACAGUGGCUAACAAUAGAUAACCAAAAUGAUUAAUCCAGCAUUGGCCAAAUUACUGUACGUUAAUGCACAUAUUUCUGCCUCAGCUCAGCUUCUGUCUUGCUGUGGAAUGACCUGUGUGACGUUUCCCAGAUGGGGAAGGACACUCACGUACCAUUACUGACCCUUGCAGAGAUUGCAUCUUAUGUUGCCCAGAGAGGCCUCUGUGGUCCCCUGGUUUAAAACAGUGGUUGCAAAGCAAAACUCCCUGUGUUUUGUUAUUGGGCAGGGGGCUGUAUUACACAGAAGUGAAGAACUGAGAUAAUGAGAAAGGUUGAAGCAGGCUACAGUUAAGGAAAUUGUGAUAAUUAGGGAUUUCAUUUGAGCAUUGAGCUCUGCUUUUAGAUAAAGUGCCUUUUUCUGUUUCCCUUUUAUUUAAAUGUGUGUAUAUAUAUAUAUAUAUAAAUAUCUACUGACAGUUAAACCAGAAGAAACACUAGGGCUUGAAUACUCAAAUACAAAAAUGUGUGCACUUUGCUUAAUUCAUUAUGAAACUAUUGGUAUUACUUGCACGAGUCAGUUUGUACUCAUUUAAGUAGAUAGCCAUGUAUUUUGUCACUUCAUAUAAUCACGAGAUCUUCAAGCCUUGUAAUUGCAAUUUUUAAUUGUAAUUUAAAAUGUAGUCCCUCGAAUGAGUUUAUAAGGUAUGAGUAUGUAAGGAUUAAAAAAAAGGAAAAUUAAGCUCUAUUAUAUUUUAUGCUUCACUAAUUUAUAUCUUCUUGUAAUAUAAGAUGUGAUGCAGAGAAUCAUAACUUUUAUUAUUAUGUAGUUUAGAAGUGGCAGGAGGGGAGCUGUGGGAGACUUGUUUUCUCCUGGGUGUUUUCCAAUACUUACAUCCAGGCUCCAGCCAUAAUGUCACCUGUUUUUUGAGGGGUGGCCUCUGGCUUACUCAGUAGCACUAUCCCUCUGGGGAAUCCCACUGGAAUGCCAGUGCUGGCACAAAAAUCCUGCUGGUAUCUCCUGGCCUAGAGCCUCUGGCACUAGAAGUCGGAAGAAGCCUGGCUAGACAACAACCACAGCGUUUGGGAUUCUUCUGAAAACAUGGAUCCAUUUCACUGUUACAUGUAUUUGCAUUGUCCAGCAAAUGGUUUUGAUUUCCAUCACUGGGUUUGACAAAAAGACUGAAAAUGAGACUCGGGAGUUGUGAAACUAAAUUCAGUCAUAUCCCAAUAACUAGAAACUUUCUCCAUGUGUUGAAAUAGUGAACUGGAAUACAAGCCCUGCAAGUGUUGUAAGGAGACUGCUAAAAUAGUAGGUAUUUCUAAGGUAUGGAACAGUCAGGAAACCUGGGCUCAAUGCCCAGUUUAAAAAAUAACCAGUCUAUGGAUCAUGAUUUUAAGGGGUGAGAUACAAAGGGGAAAAAAAGCUAAAUUUUCUCUCUCUUCAUAAACAGCCUUGUUCAUUCACCACUGACCAGAACUGCACCAGUGCUUGUCAUCACCUGUGCUACGCUGGGCAGAAAUGAGAGGUUUCCUCAAAUCAGCAUUAUUUCUUAAUACAGAAGAGCUUUAUGUCCCUGGUUGAGUAGGUGCCCACAGGACCGAGCUGCUGCACUUAAUGCUGCCCUGUGCCAAGAGCUCUUAGUCCAAACAAAUCAAAUGAAUGAGGGUGGGAGGAAGCAAAAGUUGUAUUUAAUUCUGGUUUGCAUGUACAAAUGGAGAGCUGGAAAUUUUUGCUCAGUGCAUCACUGAGGUCA